CCUUCAUUUCACGUAUGAACUUCCAUUAAUCCUCAGAUCCCCCGAAAAACUCACGUCGAUUCCGUCUAGGAACCAAAACAACCGACCACAUAGUGAAGGUCUGGGGAAGAUCGGGGUAAGAGAAGAAAAGCCAUUUUUUUUGCUUUAAAAAACCCUGGGAGAUAGAUUAAUUGAAAAUAAACACGCAUUUGACUGGUUGGAGUGCGAGCCUGUGUGUGUGCGCGCACUUUAAUCCAGUCAUUCUUGACGAGAGCUACAAUCGCAACAAAGCGCCGGCGGGCCAGACGUCAACUUGUGCCAGGAAUCGGAUUGGAGCGGGUGGCGGGGAGAGCCCGUGUGGCAUUUCUACCGCCAGUGUGAGAAGUACCGAGCUUCGCCCGCCUGGCAGCCGUCCUUCAACAACAAAGGGCUCGCUGAGCAGCGCGCCGCCACCUCGGCUUCACUACCCUGGCAGCAAGGCGAUGGGAGGCUUUCUCCUCCUCAUUAUUCGCAGGGAAUCCGACAAUUCCGUUUCCUGUUCCUCGUUGUUACUCAGAGCGGAUGUGUGCAUCGCCCACAGGAGGUUUGUUACCAAUGUGGCCAUAUAAUAUCACAGAUAUCCAGUAACUCCAGAAGAGUCUUGCAAUACAAGCUCAGUAUCAGGAUUUUAAGGCUAAUUAGAGCACUGAGAGUAUCCUGAUUCCCUGAUUUACUUUGGCAGUGUAUUAUUCCCUCCUGGCGCCUUCAGGCAACUGGAACAAAAGCUGCUGCUGGAGAAGUACUGUCUCGACAAUGACAGAUGAAGUAGAAUUGGGCAAAGGUUCUCUCAAGAAGUGCAAGGGAGCAUGAGGAGUUCGGUUUUAGAAAUGUCACCUUGGACUUGGAUGUUGUGUGCAUUUGGAGUCUUGAGCACAUAUUUGAAGUGUGGGAUUGAAGGAUAUGAUAAAUUUAACAGUGCCACAAAGCUGCUCCACUUAGCCGUAGAUAACACUACUGGGCGAGUGUACCUCGGGGCAGUGAAUUUCCUCUAUCAAUUGAAGCCCGAACUCGAACAGGAAGAGGAAUUGAAAACUGGUCCAAAAGAUGAUGAUCCGGCUUGCGUCCCACCAAUUGAUGAUAAAUGCAAAACUGCAGUAAAGACUGAUAAUUACAAUAAACUUCUUUUAAUAGACAAGACCAACAACAGCCUUGUAAUAUGUGGAAGUAUAUACAGAGGGAUUUGCUCACUGUGGCAUUUGAAUAACAUCAGUAAAGUCAUUUAUGAAAAUGUGAACGGGGGAGAAGUUACAUUUGUUGCAAGUAAUGAAUCAACUGUGGGACUUAUAGCCUUCACGAAAGAAGCUGAUAAUAAAUCCAAGGUGAUUUUUGUAGGAAAGACUCAAGCAACAUAUUCAAGUGCAAUAAUUAGCACCAGAACGCUUUCUCCUACAAAUUCGUUAAUUUUUUUUGAACUUGUUCAAGAUACUUCGACUGUGAAACCAGACUCACAUUUACAGUAUCGACAUGACUUCAGAUUUUCUUUUAAACAUGAAAAGUUUGUUUAUUUCAUUUUUUCUCGAACAAAUGGAUUGCAGCAUGAACCGAAAACCUACAUAUCGCGUAUUUGCCUUUUUGAUACCUACUACUAUUCUUACAUUGAAAUGGUCCUGGAGUGUGGAGAAUUUAUUCUUGUGCAGUCUGCCUACAUCACAAGUCCUGGAAAAGAUCUCGCUGAACACAUGAAUGAAACAGGAGACUAUGGGACUUUGACUGAACAGGAUAAAAUCCUCUUUGCUGUGUUUAAUAGAGGUAACCAAAAAACAGCCUCCCAAAAAAGUUCUGCAUUCUGCAUGUUUUCCUUGAGACAGAUAAAUGAAAAACUUGAAGAAUUUAGAGAAAUCUGCUAUAGUCACCAAGGAAAGCAAGAUGAAAAGGACAUCAUUUAUAACCCUUACAAAUCUGGUCAGGCAAACAAUUGUCCAGGAGAGAUGACCAAGAAUCAAGCAGUGGAAUAUCCUUGCAGCGGUGAACAUCUCCCAUAUCCCAUCGCAAGUAGCAAGGGUAUUUCCGCUAAACCACAGAUAGAAUGUGAGACCAAUUUAUCAGCGAUAGCUGUGACUAUGGAGAAUAGCAAAACAAUUGUCUUUUUGGGCAGCAUAGAUGGAAAAAUUCACAAGGUAUUUUUGGAUAAAACAGCAGAAGAAUAUCAAAGUAUUUAUAUGAAUUCAAGCAGCCCAGUGAAUAGUGACCUUGUUUUCGAUGCAAAAAGAGAUUACCUAUAUGUCAUGACAGAUAAACAGGUCACUCGCCUUCCUGUACAGGAGUGCAUGAAGUACAAAACUUGUGAUUCUUGCAUUGCGUCCAAAGAUCCUUACUGUGGGUGGUGUGCAGCUGAGGGAAUUUGCUCAAGGAGGUCGGACUGUGCCAAAGCUGGUGAAAAAAACCAUUGGCUGUGGAGUUUGCAUAAGAAAUGUGUGACAGUAACUAGUGCCGUUCCUGAGAACAUGAGUCGAAAUCAACAAAACCUGGUACAACUGAACAUUGAGCCUUUCCCUGCUCUGACAAACGGUGACCGGAUUGAGUGUAUUUUCGGUGAUGUUAAAGAGGCUAUAAAGAACUUCACAGAAGGGUCUGUAACUUGUCAGUCUCCUCCUUUGAAUCAUAUCAACGCUACACCUCCGGGUCAAGAUUAUGCUAAUGUUGAAGUAUAUCUGCAGUAUGUCAGCGGAGGAAAAAGUGUAGCUUUCACAAGGACAUAUUAUUCAUUUUAUGACUGCAGUGCUGCCAUGAAGUUGUUUCCAAAUAUUCCGUGCGCCUCCUGUGUAGGGAGCAAUUGGACCUGUCAUUGGGAUAUGGCUGAAAAUAUGUGCAAAGAUGGCAGUGGAAAAGAAGGCCAACCCAAUAUCGUUAAAAGUAAAAUGGCUGAAAAGUGUCCACAAUUUGGAGAUCCUACACCAUCACUCAUUCCAGUGGAUGUAGAGAGAAGUAUUACAUUUAAAGGAAAAAAUUUAGAUUUCUAUCGGGGGAAGAAGAUGACACUGGUAAUUACUAAUAAUUUCAGAGGCAAGACGUUUAGAGUGAACAAAACCACAUUAGGUAACUUUUCCAGUGCUAUUAAGCUUCACUACAAUAAAAAUGAUACGCUUACCCUUCAUUUCUCUGUGCAAGUAGACGGGAAGGCUAUUGACAGUAGAUUGGAAGUGACUCUCCACAAUUGUGAAUACAGCAACACUGACUGCAAUCUAUGCCUCAGUGCAGAGCGAAAAUAUAGUUGUGUUUGGUGCAACAAUACAGAUACAAAAAAGUGUGUAUAUGAAGAGCUUUGUAAAGUUCCUAUUGAAAAUGCAAAUUUCUGUCCGGCCCCAACUAUUUUACAUUUGGACCCAGCUACUGGACCACUCCAAGGGGGAAUUCUUCUGACCAUUAAGGGCUCAAACCUUGGAAAAACAGCUGAUGAUAUCAAAGAGAUCAAAGUUGGAAACACUGUUUGCAUUCAAGUUAAGGAGAAAUACUCCACAUCUGUCAGGGUUGUUUGUAAAUUAGGUGAAGUUAAGGUACCACAAAGUAAUUUCGUAAAGAUUGUGACAGGAAAUAACAAAACUGGUAUAUCUGCCAAUGAGUUCAAUUACACUGACCCUGAGCCUUCUGGAAUAUCUCCGACAAGAGGGAUAUGUGCUGGAGGAAUGAGUCUAACAAUCACGGGAAAGCAGUUAGCCACUGGAAAGCAGGAGGAUGUCAAAGUGUUUCUGGGCAAAGUUCCGUGUACUCUGAUAGCAUUUAACGAGAGCCUGAUCUGCAUCACAGGCCCUUGCAGUAGUGCAACCUACACUGCAAAUGUCAGUGUUUCUGUACAUUAUGGAGAAAAAGCUAAAAAGGAGGUUCAUCAUCAGAAGUUUUCCUACGUUCCGAAUCCCAAAAUCGAUGAUCUUAGGCCAAAGAAAAGCAUCUUUAGUGGGGGUCGAAGCAUCACGGUGACUGGAAAAGGAUUUGAUGCCGUUCAAAAACGAAUCAUGAGAGUGGAAAUAUGGGAGGGUGACGGAUCGUUGAUACAUCAGAAUGAAACUAAAGAAGUAAAGAAUUCCAAUGAUACGAUGCUUAUCUUCCCCUCACCUCCUGCAGACCGGGAGAAGGUUCCUAUCUUUAUCAUAUUAGACAAUUUUAAUGUAAGCAGAGAGCUUGAAUACGUAAACGAUCCGCUCUUUGAACCUUUUCCAAAAGGUGUUCUUGUUCUCAAACAGCCACCAAUUUUUGUAAAGGGAACUGGACUAAAUAACGCAAUGACUGCAGAAGAGGUGAAAGCGUACAUUGGAACAGAAGAAUGUAAAGUCACAACACUUUCAGUGAAAGAUUUUGUGUGUACCCCUCCAGAAAAACAGCCCCCACCAAGAAGAGUAAAGAGGGACACAAAUGAUGACCUUCCAGAAUUUGUGGUUAAAAUGGGAUACCGUGAAUACCAGCUGGGAAAAGUAAAAUAUGACACUCCAGCGGAGCUACCUCUAGGUUUAAUUUUGCCUCUUGUGCUCAUUCCAAUGCUGUUGAUUAUUGGUGUCUCCGUUUACUGCUACAGGCGUAAGAGUCAACAAGCAGAAAGGGAGUACAAGAAGAUUCAACUGCAACUGGAGAGCCUUGAGGAAAGUGUGAGAGAUCGAUGCAAGAAAGAAUUCACUGAUCUUGUGACUGAAAUGGAAGAUCAUUCAAAUGAUGUAAAUGAUGUUGGCAUUCCUUUUCUGGAUUAUAAGACCUACACUGAUCGUGUCUUCUUCUUGCCAUCGAAGGAUGGAGAAAAUGACGUCAUGAUAACUGGUAAACUGGACAUUCCUGAGGCGAGGAGACAGACAGUGGAAGUGGCUCUCAACCAGUUUUCAAAUUUGCUUAACAGCAAAUCUUUCUUGAUUCACUUUGUUCACACUCUCGAGAGUCAGAAGGAUUUCUCUGCAAGAGAGAAAGUUUAUUUUGCAUCGUUGCUAACUAUUGCUUUGCACGGAAAGCUCGAAUACUACACUGACAUCAUGAGGACUCUGCUCCUGGAGCUCAUGGAACAAUAUGUCGCUAAAAACCCAAAGCUGAUGCUCCGAAGAAGUGAGACUGUUGUGGAGCGAAUGCUUUCCAAUUGGAUGUCUAUCUGCUUGUACCAGUUUCUGAAGGAUUCUGCUGGUGAGCCACUGUACAGGCUAUUCAAAGGACUUAAGCACCAAGUAGAAAAAGGACCAGUCGAUGCAGAGUUGAAAAAGGCCAAAUACACAUUAAAUGACACGGGACUGUUGGGAGAAGAUGUGGAAUAUCAUGUACUAACUUUAAAUGUAAUUGUACAAGGAGAUCCUGGAGAAUCAAUGCCAGUAAAGGUCUUAAGCUGCGACAGUAUCACUCAAGUCAAAGAAAAAAUCCUUGAUCAAGUAUACCGAAACAUCCCAUUUUCACAAAGGCCAGCACGAGAGAGCGUUGUCCUUGAAUGGCGUCCAGGCUCUACUGGUCAAAUCCUUUCAGACCUUGAUGUCACUUCAGAACGAGAAGGGAAGUGGAGACGUAUAAACACUUUAAAACAUUAUAAUGUGCGCGAUUUCUCCACUGUCAUUUUAGUAAGAUCUUCGCACGCUCAGCAACCCGAUGACCAUCAGCAGAUUAUCCACGGUGAAAAAAGUGGACUAUUAGAAGAAGAUAGAAGGUGGCAUUUAGUGCGACAAGUAGAUGAAGUAGAUGAAAGUAAAUCAAAGCGAGGCAGCAUGAAAGAGAAAGAGAGGACCAAAGCGAUCACAGAGAUAUAUUUGACUAGGUUGCUGUCUGUAAAGGGGACUCUACAAAGCUUCGUAGAUAACUUCUUCCAAAGUGUUCUCAGCACAAAUCAAAUUGUUCCAACGGCGGUGAAAUAUUACUUUGACUUCCUUGAUGAGCAAGCACAGAAGAAUGAAAUAACAGAUGAAGAAACCAUUCACAUCUGGAAGACUAACAGUUUGCCAUUGAGGUUCUGGGUAAAUAUCCUGAAAAAUCCACACUUCAUAUUUGAUGUGAAAGUUAAUGAAGUGGUAGAUGCUUCAUUAUCAGUGAUUGCACAGACCUUCAUGGAUGCAUGUACAAAGACUGAAUACAAGUUGAGCAGGGACUCUCCAAGCAACAAGUUACUCUACGCGAGAGAAAUUUCCACGUACAAGAAAAUGGUGGAGGACUAUUACAAAGGUAUUCGUCAGAUGGUGCAAGUCAGUGAUCAGGAUAUGAAUACGCACUUAGCUGAGGUUUCAAGGGCUCAUACAGACAAGCUGAAUACUGUGGUAGCACUGCAUCAGUUAUACCAAUACACCAACAAAUACUACGAUCAGAUAAUAAAUGCCUUAGAACAAGAUCCAGCGGCACAGAAGAUGCAGCUCGCUGUCCGACUGCAGCAAAUAGCAGCUGCACUUGAGAAUAAAACGACGGACCUUUGACCAUUUCACGGCUGUUAUGCAUAAUGGAAGCUCAGAUGUUAAAUUUUAUUACCUAGAGAAGAAAAUAGUGUUAUUUUUACUCUGCUGAUCACCUUUGCAGUUCUUAAUUAAUUCAAAGCUUGAAGGCCAUUAUUUUGUAAAUUAACUAAUAUUCUAUAUUGUAUUAUAAACUUGGUCUAUAAAAACCUGUGGAGAAUUGUCGUAAAAAUGUAAACAACUUAGUUGAUGAAAUAAGGAUGUCUUGUACUGAACUACAUUUUAUUUCGAAGAGUAUAAAUUAUCUGAGCCCUAAAACUGCUUUAAUGAUUUGGCCCACACUCUGCUCUAUUCUGUUCUGGUGGGUUGAGCCUUGUACAGUACAGUGUUUUCUUCUUAUCACCUAAUGCUUCACUAUUAAGAGCAGUUUUUUCGAAACAACUCAUUAGAUCAUUAUUAAAAGUACUGCCAUUUAUUAUGUGCAUUCUGAUACAUUUUCUAGUUGAUUGUUACAACAAAAAUGGCAUGAUUUUUAUACUUAUCAUUUUAUCUUGUUUGCUUUUGACAUUGAGACUGAAAUAGAAACUGUGGAAUGCUAAUGCAAAAUCAUUUCUUAAUUGUAUGUAAAACAGACCAAGUAGAGAAUGCCUGUAAAUUUAUGUUAAAAUGACAUUUUAGAAGUUUUUUUUACAAAUAGAGCUAGUGACUACUGAAAUGUCUUUGAUAUUUUUGAUAUAAUUUGGGAGAUGGUGUGGCAAAUAAAUACAGCGUUUUAUUUAUUCCUUGUGAUCAAGGGG